CCCCACCCGUCCCUAUCCAGUUCCGCCAGAUUCCAAGCCUCCCUCCCACGAAAAAUCCCCCAAUUCCGGCGAGCGCGAGAGGAGACCGAGGCGGCGGCGGCGAUGUCUGGGCGCGGCAAGGGAGGCAAGGGCCUGGGCAAGGGCGGCGCCAAGCGCCACCGGAAGGUGCUCCGCGACAACAUCCAGGGGAUCACCAAGCCGGCGAUCCGGAGGCUGGCUCGGAGGGGCGGCGUGAAGCGCAUCUCGGGGCUCAUCUACGAGGAGACCCGCGGCGUGCUCAAGAUCUUCCUCGAGAACGUCAUCCGCGACGCCGUCACCUACACCGAGCACGCCAGGCGCAAGACCGUCACCGCCAUGGACGUCGUCUACGCGCUCAAGCGCCAGGGCCGCACCCUCUACGGGUUCGGCGGCUAGGCGGCGCCGGCGCGUCUCCUGCGGGGCGCUGCGUCCGCGGGCGUUUCGUGGAUGGGGUGCCGUCUGUGAUUAGGGAUGCUUCGUUGUUUAGUUACCUCGUCUGCUUGUGUCCUGGUGGUACUAGUUGUAUUGUCGCAGUUAUGGGUUAUUGAGCUUCUGGUUGUAACCCGUCCGAUCAUUUGCAGCUGAAGAAAUGCUAGUACUACUAUCCUGUUCGAGAACUGAACCUUCUAGCAACCCCUGUUCCAAUUGUAGGUGACGAACUGCUAUUGGUCUUGUCUGUCUGGAGUGCAAGUACUUUUGUUGCAAUUGUUGUUUCAGGCUGAAUCCCGUUCUAAUUUAAGUGCACGUAGUUACUUGUUGCAAA